AUGGGGCUUGACUUCAAAUUCCAAGAAAGUUGGCACCAGGAAAGUGACCUGGGUGUAGAAUUCACCGUCUGCCCAGAACCGCCGCACUGGGGCGACACCUCCGCAGUCGCCCAGGGACGCAAAGCGCGGACAGUCAGUCUCGGGGCUACCUGGAGAUUGACUUCUGAAAGUUGCAAUCGGAAUAGAGGGCCAGCAGCCAGGGCAAGUGACAAGCGGACAAGGUUGAAGUUAGGUGUGCGCAAAAAGCUGCAGAGCAGACCAGAAGGAGUUUGCCGGCUCAGUGAAGACAACAUUAAGGAGCGAGAAGGGAGACCGCCGGCUUGUCCAGGUACCACAUGUCCAACCCCCAUAUCUGUUGAGCAUGCAGACAUCCGGGUCAAGAACUACAGUGUGAACUCCAGGGAGAGGUAUGUCUGCAAUUCUGGUUUCAAACGCAAAGCCGGCACAUCCACGCUGACCGAGUGUGUGAUUAACAAGAACACAAACACUGCCCACUGGACAACUCCUAACCUCAAGUGCAUCAGAGACCCCUCCCUGGCUCACCAGAGUCCAGUGUUACCUUCCACAGUAGUGACGCCAAAGGUGACCCCACAGCCAGAGAGCCCCUCCCCUCCCGAAAAAGAGCCAGAUGCUGUAUCUCCCAAAUCAUCUGAUACCACAUUGACCACCCAGACAGCUAUUGUGCCAGGCUCCGGGCUGACACCAUCCCAACCAGCUUCUGCAGGAACUACAGGGACAGGCAGUCAUGAGUCCUCCCGAGCCCCAUCUCUUGCAACAACAACGACCUUGGAGCCUACUGCUUCCCCUUCCCUUGGGAUACCAGAGAUUUCUCCAAACACCUCUAAAGUGACCAAAGUGGCCGUCUCCACAUCGGUCCUGGUCCUCCUGGUUGGUGCAGGACUUGUGGUUUUUCUCGCCAGGUACAUCAGAUCAAGGCAAGCUUCUCAGCCACGUGAUGUUGCAAUGGAAACCAUGGAAUCAGUGCCAAUGACUGGGGACGAGCAGCAAUGAGGAUGACACAGGAGCCUAACCUCACAACUGCCGAAACUCAAGGAAACCUGCCCAGCUGAGUCUAAUGAGAAGAUGUAAAGGCAGCUCCAUGUUAGCUAAGGAAUACCAGGACACAGGGAGCUGGGCACCAGGAGGAAGUGCACCAUGGUAAUACAAGGUCUCCGGAACGAGCCGCUUUACUGUGUCUAGAUGUCUCCCACGUGCACACCUGGGUUCUCUGGCAUCUGGAAGGACACCACCCUUCUACCUGGCUCAGCAGAGAGACCGGCUUCCCACAGUGCCAGCAGCUUGAGCUCUCCUGGGAGACUCUCAUGGUCUCCAUAAAAGCCUCUGAUUUCACUCCGACAUCGACUCAAAAUAGCUUAUUAGCUAGGCCAGUGGUUCUCAAUCUAUGGGUUGUAACCCCUUCGGGGGGGGGAGGGGCAUCAAACAACCCUUUCACAGGGGUCACAUAUCAGACAUCCUGCGUAUCAGAUAUUUAUAUUAUGAUUCAUAACAGUAGCAACAUUACAGUUAUGAAGUUGUAACAAACAAUUUUAUGGUUGGGGGUCACCAUAACAUGAGGAAUUACAUUAGAGGGACACAGCUUUUGGAAGGUUGAGAGCCACUGUGCUAGACUCUCUUUUCUGUCCCCUACCCUGAUUUACAGUUUACAGGGCUUAGCCAUACACCAGAGGCUCCCACUCCACUCCAAGGCUCCCCUGGCACAGAGGAGUCUUGUCAAGAAGACAGCAGCACUUGAACUCCUGAAGACUUGGCUAUUGCUGCUUUGCACCUAUUGAAAAAGAGGAGAGGAAGGCGGAAGAGAUAUUGAGCCAAUGAAUCCUUUGCAUAGGAUUUAUGACAAAAACUGAACUCAGUAACUUUUUACAUAUAUAUGUGUGUGUUUAUAUUUAUGCUUCCUUUUCUAUUAUAUCUACAUGUAAUGUAUGAUUUAUAUUUGAAGGUGCCUUGUAUAGACAAAAUAAAAUAUCUAUUUUCA